AUGCCUCCACCCAUCCCGCACGCAUCUCCUCAGCCUGAGGUCCCUUCACCCAUCCCAUAUGCAUCUCCUCAGCCUGAGGUCCCUUCACCCAGCCCACCUUUGCAGCCCAAUUUCGAUGUCAGUAUUGAUCAAAAUGUGACCCCUCCUAUACUCCUCGAGACACCCUCAUACCCACCCACCGGCUCUACUGCACCCACUCCUGACCUCUACAUAGAGCAUGAUUACCCACCUACCGCAUCCUCAUCUGACCCUCUAGGACCUCCAGUUGGUAUUGACACUCCACAGCCACAUACUGAUGUACCGGAUGAGCAUCCCCCUCAUCAGCCCUCACCCCCACGAGAUAGACCGCAACGCACUAGAAAAGCACCCACUUGUGGGACAGGUGGACACAAAAUAGGACAUCGAGGCAGCUCUAUGGAAAUUACUGUUGUUCUGCCUAUAUCUGCAGCAGCGAAGUUGUUGUUCCCUUUUUUCAGAACAAAGUUACAGAAUGCCACAAAACUGAAAAAGAUUCUUCAAGAUUCAAAGGAAACUGUGGUGGAAUCUGAUGUAAGGGGAUGUCUUCAGUUCACGAAUUGCAGUAACUUUCUUAAAGGGAUUGCUAAUGGUUUAUCCCGUGGAAAGAAAUCAGAAGAAAUGAAAAAUUUGGCAGAUCAUCUAUGGAAAGCAAAGAUGAGGCAUCCAGACGCCUUCAAGGUUGUCAACAAGGAUAUAAUAUCCCACUUUGUUCUUCGUCUCGUGUAUUGCAAGACGGAGGACUUGAGGAAAUGGUUUCUUUCCAUGGAGACUAUCCUAUUUCGUUACCAGCUUCUGUUUGAAAGACCUGAAACUCAGAGAGCACUCAUGGCAGAAUUCAAUCUUCCUUACAGAGCAGCCAGCAAUGCAGAAUUAGAGAGUGUGAAGGAAGGCUUAAAGCAAGUUGCUCAAUCCUUUGGUCAGCCGUUAGCUGGUAUUGAUACUGAAUGUAAUAUAUAUCUAUGUUUUUUCCCAACCCCAAUGAAGGUACCGUUUGAAGAAGUUCCAGAACUUGUAGCUGGUGGAAGAGUAUUUAUCCAUAAAGGGUAUGCAUACAUCGCCAUGAAUCAGGUGGUUUCCCUUGUUGCCACACAAUUCCGUAGUGAUCUGUCAAAGGCACUCAUUCUGACAAACAGAAAGUGGACAUCUACAAUUAGAGAACAAGAGAAGGAUAGGUUGACUCCCAUUGUACAAGCCCUAUGCUCAAGCUACUUGGGACCUGACCAUUCUCAGCCAAGGGAAUUUGCUGAGAUAUCAAUAAAGGACAUUGACCAAAUAGCCAAGAAUUCAUUUCCUUUGUGCAUGCGCCACCUUUUUGAAAAGCUGAGAGAGGAUCAUCAUCUAAAGCAUGGAGGGAGGAUGCAGUUAGGUCUCUUUCUCAAGGGUGUUGGAUUGAAGCUGGAAGAUGCCCUUGCAUUUUGGAAAGCUGAGUUCUCCCAAAGGAUAAGCAUGGUUGGGUCUGAAAGGUUUGACAAGGAAUAUGCAUACAGCAUUCGUCAUAAUUAUGGAAGAGAAGGGAAGAGAACUGAUUAUACACCUUAUUCUUGUCAAACGAUCAUCACUUCAGCUCCUGGCGUAGGAGAUCAUCAUGGAUGCCCCUAUCGACAUUUCAGUGAGGAGAACGUAAGAGCUGCCCUUGGUAAAAUGGGAAUAACUAACAGGGCAGUUGAAGAUGUAAUGGACAAAGUGCGAAAUAUACAUUAUCAGUUGGCAUGCACCUUGAAAUUUGAAGCUGUGAAUGGAACAUCAUGUGAUGCUGGGAUUAAUCAUCCAAAUCAAUAUUUCAGUGACAGUCAAAAGGUCCUGCAAUCAAAGAACACAAGAAUGGAGAAACCCAAUCUGGACGAAUUGUACCACGUAUUUACCAGUCACGCAAUAAAAUUCAUCGACUACCGCAUGAUGGGUGAUGGUUCCAAGUCUGAAAGCUGGAAAGAAUUCAAGACAAGUUGUUUAGGGAAUUUCGCGAAGAAUUUGGUGAGGAAGAGCCUGGGCCAAGGCGUAAGGCUGUAAUGUUCCCUCCAAAUCAACUACUUCCUCUUUAUUUUCGCUAUAAAUUCAAACUAUUUGUUUGAUUCCGAUUUUGCUGUCGCCGUUCGUAUUUUGUAAUUUCUCAGUCUUAUU